GGGGCCUCGGCCAGCUGAGCAUCCAGCUCAUUCCUAGUUACAGUUCAAACACCCACUGCCAAGCAAAACGAAGCAGAUUGGAAAGGCUGCCGCACAGCAGAGGUGACAAUUGAUAUGUUCCUUAUGUGUCACUCGAUGUUGCUGGCAAAACUCGCCCUGCUUAUCGUAUUGCCUUUUUUGCUGCUGUGUUAUGGAGUUGGCAACGCCCACAGCUCGACUGUUCAUGAUAACAGAAACGAUCUGCGCUCACUGCUAGACUUCAAGCAGAGGAUCUGCAACCCAUUCGGAGCCAUGAACUGGACAACCAGCACCCAUUUCUGCCGGUGGAACGGUGUUGUCUGCAGUUCCACGCCACCAUAUCGCGUCACCGAACUGAACCUCCCUGGCAAAAACCUAGAUGGCAAUAUUUCUUCUGCUCUUGGAAAUCUGACCUCCCUUCGCACGCUCGAUCUAUCCGAUAAUAGAUUCCGUGGCCCCAUACCUAUUCUUGGCAAACUCCAGCACCUGAACACCCUUUCUCUGGGAGGCAAUCUUUUGCAGGGUGAUAUUACUGAAGCACUCACAAACUGUUCCAAACUAGCCUUUUUGAAUCUCACUUCGAACAACCUCAACGGUGUCAUUCCUGCUAAAAUACGGUCUCUUAGCAAUCUAGAGACUAUCAUCCUUGACAGUAAUCAUCUAACUGGGGGCAUCCCAGUAGCUCAGGGAAACAUCACCACUUUACAAUUUUUAAGUUUUUCACAAAAUCAACUCAAUGGAAGAAUUCCCCACGAGGUUAUGCGAAUGCCAAACAUAACUUGCUUGUACCUAAACCAAAACAACCUAUCAGGCGAGAUUCCUGAGGUUUGGCAAAUGCCAAACAUAUUGGAGUUAGACCUAAGCGUAAAUAACCUAUCAGGAAGAAUCCCGCAAGAUCUAUCUAAUGUAUCUUCUCUUCAGGCCUUAUCCUUGGCAGCCAAUAUGCUAGGCAACACAUUGCCGUCUAACAUUGGAGAUGCUCUACCGAAUCUCACGAUUCUAUAAUUGGGAAGCAACCAUUUCGACGGUCACAUUCCAGUUUCCAUAGGAAAUCCUCCAUGUCUGGAAGCGAUAGACCUAUCAAAUAAUUAUUUCACUGGUCAGAUCCCAAACUCUUUGGGAAACCUUGCAGAGCUGUCUUAUCUUAACCUUGGGCGAAACAUGCUUCAAUCAACAGACAAUGAAGGCUGGGAAUUCCUUCGAGCCCUGGGAAAUUGCAGUUCGCUAA